AUGCCAAGUUGGCGUGCCAUUCCGGUAUUUAAGAGAGUACGAAAAUUGUAUUUCGUUUAUAACAUUUUAUUACAACAUCAAAAGAAAAAUACAAGAAAACGAAAAUUUUGGAUACGGCCAAUGUUUACACAAAGGAUGAGGCGUCUCCAAGGCGCAAGUGACAAUUUAGUCGUUGAAAUGCAAACGACCGAUUGUGAAAAGUUCUUCAAUUACUUUAGAAUGACACCAGAAUUAUUUGAUAAAUUGCUGUCAUUAAUUGGACUACAUAUUGAGAAGCAAGAAUUAUGUCGAGUCCCAAUUUCAUCUCGUACAAGAUUGCAACUGAUUUUACGCUGGUUAGCAUCUGGUGAUAGUUUGGCACCUCUUUCAUAUGCAUUUCAUAUUGGAGCAAAUACCGCUUCUAAAAUCAUAAAGGAGACUUGCACUGCAUUGUGGGAGAUAUUAAAAGAUAGAGUUUUUCUACAACCCACUGAUGAAAAUUGGCAAAAGGUUGCUGACGAUUUUGAGAGAAUUUGUCAAUUUCCCAACUGCAUUGGAGCUGUCGAUGGAAAGCACAUUAUGAUUCAGGCAUCACCGAAUAGUGGCUCGUCUUUCUGUAAUUAUAAAGGCAAUCAUAGUAUAAAUCUGCUUGCCGUGAGUGAUGCAAAUUGUUGCUUUAGCAUUGUAGACAUUGGAGCAGAAGGAAGACGUAGCGAUGCUGGUGUGUUUGCUAGCAGUAACCUUGCUCAUCUAUUGGACACAAGUUCACUUCAACUAUUUAAUUUCAACUAUUGA